CUACGUAUGAAUCAGGUGGAUAGUGGCGUCAUGUCAUGUUGACUUCAUCGUUAUUCGUUAGUAGCGCGCCGUCUGUCGCUCGAGUAGCCUGACUCGCUCAGUUCUUUGUUAUAAAUGCUCAAAUCUGUUCUUAACUUAACUGCCUCCGUGUCUGCGAGAAAUUCAUCGAGAAUGACGAGUGUACACAGCGCGUACAAGGAGGAGGUGCAUGAUGUGCCCAUGUCAGUCAUCAUCAGGCCUUUCAUACCAGAACUUACGGAAGAAAAAGUUGUCUCACUUAUGGAGACGAUACAGAAAGAAGAAGAGGCAGGCAACGUACCUCCCAUAGACAUCCUCUGGAUAAAGGGCUCAGAAGGAGGAGACUACUAUUAUAGUUUUGGAGGCUGCCACAGGUACGCCGCCUACAAACGUCUGAACCGGCCGACCAUUCCUGGCAAACUGAUCAGAUCCACCAUCAGCGACCUUAGAACGUACCUUGGAAGUAGUACACCAGACUUAAAGUAAAUUAUUUUAAAUAAGCAUUAGUUUUAAUUAUUUUACUUCCGAAACGUAGUUAUUCUAUGACGAUAACAUUUAUGUGAACGAGUUAUAAACAUCAAUCAAAUCUCAUAGGUACUUAAAUAUCAAGCAGAAUAUUACCUGCACUAAGUUGCAUAACUAUACUGAACGUGAACUUGAUCAAGAAUGUUAAGUUUUGUUAGUUGUUAAGACACAAUUAUUUGUAUAGAUCUUAAGAUAAGCAUUUAACGAUUUCCUACAGCGGAUACGAUCAAUAAUAUAGGCAUAUUUCUAUACUUUGAAAUAUAAUUUAAUAUUUCCCGUUGGGACCAAAACCUGUUUCCUACGACCUUAGAUCUAAGGACUUCUAAUAUUAAAUGUUACUUUGCUACUCGUUUAUUUUUGUAAUAAAAUUGUUGUUGACGAUAAAAUAAAACAAAUAAAUUCUCCAA